CUGAGGGCAAACGAAGUGAGGAAGUUGAAUUGAGACGAAAAGAAAAAGAGAACGCGAAGAACGAAGAAGAAGAGGUUGAAAGGAAACGAAAGAAGAAAGACGAAACUGAGAGUAAACGGAGUGAGGAAGUUGAAUUGAGACGAAAAGGAAAAGAGAUCGCGAAGAACGAAGAAGAAGAGGCUGAACGGAAACGAAAGAAAGACGAAACUGAGAGUAAACGAGGGGAGGAAGUUGAAUUACUGAGAAAAGAAAGGGAGGUUUCCAAGAUGAAGAAAGAAGAGGCGGAGACUGAUAAGAAGCAAAAGGAUGAAGAAAUUGCCAAGAUAAAGAAAGAGAAGGACGAGGUAGACAAAAGACAACAUAAAGAGGAGGAAGAUGAGGGGUUAGCUAGCUAUAAGGCAGAUAAAGAAGAAUCAAUAACAAAGACAAAGAAAGAUGACACGGAAAGUAAGGAAGGCAGCAUGAAUAAAACUGGUGGAGAGGGACAUAAAAAAGUGAGUAAAGAAGGGAAGGAUGAAACGAAAAAGAAAUUAUUACCAACGAAGAACCAAACGGAAAACGGAAUGAAAUCGAAGUUAGUCGGAGAUGCUGAAUUAAAGCCUGAAUCAGAAACAUCUCAGAAGGAGAAUAUCAGAAGCGUAACUGAACAAGAAAAAGAAACAGGACAAGAGGAAGAAAUCAAAACGGUCCUAGAAACCGAUUCCAAAACGAAGAGGGUAGGUGAAAAAGUUAAUAGGGGAGAGAAAGAUAGUGAAAAAUAUAAAGUGGAUGUUAAGGUAGGUGAAAUAGCUGAGUCACUUAAUGACGAGAAGCAAGAAAAAGGAAGGAAAAAAGUGAAGAAAUCCGACGAAAAACAAACUUCGGAUAAGGGAAAAAAGAGAAGGGGAAGUAAAUCGACUUUGAAGGAUGACAAUAAGAACAGUGAAAAACUAGUUGGUCAAAUCAAAGUGGAAAAUGAAGUGGAUAAAACAAAACAAACGCUGAAAGAAGAAAAUAAGCUUGAUGAUCAAAAUCAAAAGGAAGGAAUCAAGAGUGAAGCAGACGAAUUUCUGGAACAUCAUGAUAAAAAAGACAAGAAUGAGAUUGAGACAGUGAAAGCAGUACACGAUCAAAUUACAAUAGAUUUCGACAAUUCAGAAAGCAUAUCUCAAAAUAAACAAACUUUGAUUGAUCAGGUAACAAUCAAUGAAUUAGAACUUGAAUCAGUUAAAAAGGAUAAAAAGAAAGAGAAAAAUGAUGAAACUGGCCACGAGACUAAAAAGAAGAAGAAAGGUGACGGAAAGAUAAGAAUGGAUAAUAGUGAAUCUAUUGUUAGUACAGAAGAUCCAACAGAAAAUCAAGUGAACAACAAACCAGAAUCAUUUGAGGAUUAUCAACAAAUUAAUACUGAAUCAGUCCAGAAGUCACAACGUAGAGAAAGUAAAGCAAUGAAGCAUGAGAAAGAUACAAAGAAGAAUAGAUCAGUCACUGAUACUACUACUGCUACAGGAAAUGAUGAAGAUCUAACUAAAGAUUACAUAAAAAACAAAGAGAAAAACGAACCAAAGAAACAGAUGAACCUGGCUGGAGUAGAAAUCGGCAAAACCAAUCAGGAAGUACUUGAUACGAUACCAACGACCGAUGCUUUACAGAAUGAAGCAGAAAAUAGAGAAAAACAAUGGAAAGAAGAAAAGAAAAAGAAACGAGAAAAAUCGAAAAAUGUUGAUAAGGAAAAUGAAGAUAAUCAUGUUAGCACUAGAAGCCAAUCAAUAGUCGGUGAACAAGAUUCAAACAAAGAAGAACUGAUUGAGGACCAGAAACAAGUAGAAAAACAUAAGAAGCAUCGAAAAUCAAUAACAGAAGUUGAUAAAAAUGACGUACAGUGUGAAUCAUUAAAAGCUGGAGAAAAAUAUAUGGAAACAAACACUAUAAAUGAUGAACAAAGUGAAGAAAAGAAAAUCAAAGGACAGGGUAUGGAAUCAAAAUCUGAUUUAAAAUUAAAUAACAAUGAAAAACAAGAUAUUCUUAAUGAACAAUAUAAAACAAAUGAACAUGAUACAGUUUAUUUAUCACCAAAAAAAGAUCAUGAUCAUGAUCGUGAUGAUGAAGAUGAUAAUAAUAAUAUUUUUUCUACUGAAUUAUUAUCAAAAUAUAUUUGUAAACAAGGUGAAACAUUGAAAUUAGCUGUUGAAUUAAAAAAUAAUAUAUUUGUUAAAUAUUUUGAAUGGUUAGUAAAUGAAAAAAUGGUUGAUCCUGAAUCAACUGUCGAUUUUGUUGUAUGGCAAACUGGUAAUUGGAUUGCAUUGACAAUACCAAAUGUUAGACCAGAUUUAACUGGAACUUAUAAACUACAUGUUGUUACUCCAUCUGGUGAAUAUUAUACAACAGGUGACCUGUCAGUGAAUGGACAAAAACUACAAAUGACACCAUAUAUCCCAUCGCAAGUAGAAGGACUUAAACCCUUAUUUACCAAGAAACUUCAAGAUUACACCGCUGAAGUGAAUGAAACGGUUAGAUUUAGUGGACGUUUAGUAGCUGAGCCACCCGCUACAAUUAUCUGGAAACAUAAUGGUAUUCAAAUUGAAAACAACAGAAGAAUUGAAAUUUAUAAUGAUAAUAUUAAUCCAUCACUUAUUAUACAGAAUGUAAAAGAUGAAGAUUAUGGUGAAUAUAUAUGUUCUGCAUCAAAUGUACUUGGUCAAACUGAAACAAAAGCAUUUUUAUACAUAAAAAGUACUUUAUAUGAACCUAGUAGUUAUGAGCAUGAUACAACUGAACCGUACGAGUCUACUGCUAGACCAACACGGUGUUCAGUUUUACCGUCAAGAGUAAGUAAUAUUGAACUAAUUGAAGUAAACGAUGGUGGUUUCAAGAUUGCCUGGGAUCCACUAAGUGAACAAGUGACAUAUAAUGUGGAAAUUAGUAAUGAUGCAGGUAGAUGGUGGAAACCUGUACUAACCAACUUACACGAAGUUUCAGCUUACAUUUCAAAUGACAUUGCGUGUCCUUUGAAUCCCGUACAAGUAAGAAUAGUAGCUGAAAAUGAAUUUGGCCUUGGACCUCCUUGUUUCCCGGUACUUCGUUUACCUAUACGAGCAUGUCUUCCUCACAUGCAAGCAGUUAAGCCAGAAAUUGAAUUUGAAGAAGCAACGGCUAUUAAAAUUCGAUGGUGUCCAGCAGUACCUGCACUUACACCAAACCAACUGCACAAGAAUGUUGUGCUAAAUCCAUCGCAAUUACUUGGUAAAGUAACUUAUGCAGUUGAGAUUAGGGAAGGAUCUCAAUCAGAAUGGCGUAGAGUGGCAGGUGAUAUACCAUUUCGAUCCUACACUUGUCACUUACGACCUGGCAUUAGCUCUGCUAUACGUAUUGUUGCGAAAAACAGAUAUGGCGAGUCCUGUCCCACUCCAAUGGCAAUAGUCCAACUCGAUCCUAAUUCAUUAGUUCCGGAUUUAUCACUAGAUCCUCCAUGGAUAGCAAUAAGCUACCCAGGAGAUAACAUCACAGUCAGGAAAAGUAAUAUUCGACUCCUAUGGAAACCUGCAUACAUGCCAGAGUUCUGUACCAGUUGUAUAAAAGGACUAAAACCUUUGUAUCGAAUUGAAUGGAGGCGUGGACUAUCUGGACCUUGGGUUGAUUUGGCUUGUGGCAUUAGUGAAUGUGAGACUGGUUAUCCUCUUCCAAGAGAUCUUAUAGAAUCCGUGAUCAGGGAAACUCAUAUGGGAAAUGACUUGUCUUUUAACACCACCAAUUCUAAUAGUUCCAUUGAAUUUCGGAUAUUUUCUUACAAUGAUUUCGGGGAAAGUGGGCCGACUAAAAGCUACAGAUUGAAAGCAUCUCAGAUAUCUAGAGGUCAAGAUUGUCGAAAAAAUAGUCAGAUAUCAGAUAAAAUAAAUGACAGGGACCAAUACGACCACUUAAGUCUUUUGGAUAAGCUGCCGAUUAUUUCAUCCAGUAAGAUACCAAGACGAGAGGUUCAAAUGACGUCAAUCGAUCCCAAGCAGAGUGUCACACUUAAGUGGGAUCCUUGUACAAGUCCAGAUAUAAAUAGAAAUUUUGAUGAUCAUUAUAACUUACAUGGUCGCUAUCGAAUUCAACGUAAAACUUCAAGUGACGUUGACAGUAAUUCCUCACCUGAUAUGUCUAACUGGACAGUAGUUUGUAGAGAAGAUGAUCUAAUUCAUGGUGAACAACAUGUUCUUGAUGUGAAACCAGGUAAAACAGAACAAUUUGUUAGGAUCCUUAGUUUACAAGAAGAUAAAGAAGGUAAUUUAAAUUGGUUGGAUACCCAUAAAAUUCUUCGUAUACCAGCGUUACAUGAAAUCUGCCCUCCAGCACCAUUAGACAUAGAGGUAAAAUUGAUACCCCCAGUUGAAACAUCAGGUUCUGCAGGAGUUCGUGUCACCUGGAAACCUCCCAACUUUGAACUUCCAUCGAAUGACGAUUAUCUAAGACAGAUUAAAAAUCACGCUCAAAUCGACUAUAGAAUAGAAGCUCGUACAACCUUGAGUGACUUAGCACCUUGGAGACAGAUUGGUCUUGUAUCUGGAUUAUUAGACAGAAUAGAUGACCAUAAAGCUGAACCCGGUUCACAACUUAUUUAUCGAAUAACACCUGUUAACCAAUUUGGUGAAGGUCCAAGUUCAAGUUCUUAUCCAAUCAAACUUCCACUUUUGUUAACAACUUUAGAAAGAUGUAUUGAGGAUUUUCGUUUUCUAAUACUUGGAUCAAAUACAAUACAAUUGCGUUGGCGUUUAGGUGAUACAGUAAUUGAUGCAUUAGGAUUUCGAAGAAAUCCAAAUCAGUCAAGCAACGUAACAAGACAUUUAGAUACAGAUGAAUCGGCUGAAAUAUGUGAACGUGUAAAAUUUUCAAUUGAAAGACGAGAUGGUUAUGCUGGUGAUUGGUAUCCUAUCAGAGAACAAAUCGAUGGAAAUCUACAUAACAAAAUCAUACUAUCAAAUUUUGACUAUUUAGAUAAAGAAAUCGCUUGUAGAAUAAUUGCAAAUGUGGAUGGUCAACAAACUAAACCUAGUCGACCUAUCAAUAUUAGUAUCAAAACAGAUUUCUUAGUUCCAGAUUUCUCAGCUUUUAAACCACAUUUCAAUGUUACAUCAGUUGAGGAAUAUUUGAUAUCAUGGGACGAUCCUGAUAUACAAUCAUUGUAUACAAGUCAUAUUUUGAAUUUAUCAAUACCACAAGUGUUACAAAAAGAUACUACUUAUGCAGUUCAAAUUCAACAUGAAGGUUCAAUUGAAUGGACAACAAUAGCUUCUAAUCUAGAUACAAACCAAUGGACAUGGAUCCAACCAAAUCCAUUGAUUGGUUAUCAUGUUCGUAUUCUACCAUCGAAUCAAUUUGGCAUUGGACAUCCAACUAGAAAUGUAUUUAUAUCACCACAAGUUAUUAUCCCUGAUCUGACGUUUAUGCGACCAUCUAUUGAGUCACCAUCAGAUAUUUUAAUUGGUAGAGUUGCACCAGAACUUGUAUGGCAAAUACCAAAAUCGUAUACUUUAAACAGGACAUUUACUCCAUACACAUUUGAAGUACAAAUUAAAGCUGUAGAGAAGUCAGUAAAUCGUGAAACUAAUGAUGUGGGCAAGAACUCUGAAAAAUCUAAAAGCACAAAUAGUGAAAACAUAUGGAGAGUUCUUGCAUCUGGUUUAAAACGUAACCGUUUAUCACUGGAACAUUUAAAUCCCGAACAAGAAUAUUGGUUACGUAUUGUUGCUGUUACCGAAUAUGGUCGUGGUACACCAAGUCAACCUGUACGAAAAAUGGCUGAUUUUACUGCAAAACAUAGCCGAUAUGCAUCAGCAUCCGUUGGAGUGAUACAUGAGCCUACACCUACUUCACCAUCAUUUACUGAUCCAGAAACAAGUGUGAUUUAUGCACCAAUUUAUGGUCAGUUAGAAUUAAAAUGUACAUUUAGUCCUGUUAAUGCUGAAAAUGAAACACGUUUCAAUUGGUAUUUCGAUGGUAAAUUGCUAGAUACAAAUGUAAAUACUAUUUAUCCAACUUUAAAUCAGAAAUUCUAUAGUACAGUAUCCAAAUCUGGAGAUACAGCUGUAUUACAUUUGAAUGGUUUAAGUGAAAAUGAUUUUGGUUCAUACAUUUGUAAAGCGGUACAUAUAUUGGGUACUAGUGAAAAGGAAUUUAUUGUAAAAAUGGCAGAUGCUCCUGUAUUUUUAGAAGUUCCUAUUCCAUUGUUGACUGUAAAGUUACAUUCACGUUUUGAAUUGCCUUGUUACAUUGAUGCGUUACCACCUCCAACGAUAAUUUGGACUAGAGAUUCAAAAAGAAUUGUUGAAUCACAUCGUACAAAAAUUGGUAAAGCUGAAAAACAAUCAAUCAAUAGAAUGCCUAGUAUGUCAAACUGUGAAUUUAGUACAGAUGCAACGUUAUCAGUGGAAAAAUGUAUUUAUCAAGAUUCAGGCUUAUAUACGUUAACGGCUGAAAAUAUAGCUGGUCGAAUAAUGACUAGUUGUUUGAUUCAUGUUGAAGAAAAUCCAACACCGACUAAAAUAACUUUGAGAUGGACAAACAUUGAAAAGCAUUAUUUUGUACUGAGACGACUUGAAAGUGAUUCGUUUUCAGAAAUUCAUCUAUUAAUUGAUAAAAAAACAAAUCGUGAAUAUAUUGGAAAAUUAUUUAAAUUAAAUAAUCCAAUCAGUCGUAUAAAUGGUGCACGUGAAAUGGAAUGUUUAACACGUUUAUGUCAUAAAAAUGUUUUACAAUUAAUAGAUGCACUUAUCAGUGAUAAUGUUCUUAUUUUAGUUUAUGAAAAAUUGUCCGGCUCAAAUCUACUUGAUUCAGUUCUGGCAUGUGAAAAUUGGUCAGAAAUGGGAACAGCAGCUGUUAUUCGUUCAAUACUGGAGGCAUUAGAGCAUAUUCAUAAUCAAGGAGUAGUUCAUUAUGAUAUUCAACCUGAGAAUCUACUUUUUGUGAAGAAAACAAUCGAUAACUAUGAUUGUGGAAAUUCAUCGAACAAUCCUGAUUUACUACGGGCUCUUGCUUCUCUAGUAACUGAUGUAUUGAGUCAAACGGAUCGUCAUAAAAUGAAUGUUUUCAGUAAUUUGCUCAAAGUUACAGGAUUUUCUACAGCACAAACGUAUAUUACUAAUUCCCAACAUUGUGUUACUUGUGUACCUCCAUUACGGUAUAGGCCGGAAUAUGUUUCUCCGGAAAUUUUAUUACUAACGAAACAAACUGAUGGAACAGUUUCUGAAACUAUUCACAACUAUUCUGAAAAUUUAGGUCCACCUUCAGAUAUAUGGAGUCUCGGAGUAUUAACGUAUAUCCUACUUGUUGGUUGGCCUCCUUUUAUUGAUUAUGACACAGGUAGUAUUCUAACUGACAAUAUAUUACAAGCUAUUAUUCCAUUUGAUGUACCAGAAUUGGAAAAUAUUUCAAAUGAAGGCAAAGAUUUUAUUUCACAACUGUUACAAGCUGACCCUACAAAAAGACCUUCAGCUAAAGAAUGUUUAUCUCAUCCAUGGAUUCAAAUAUUUUCACAUUCUGAAAAUAAAUCAGAAUAUAUACUAAAAAAAUUGAAGAAAUAUAAAGAGUUCUAUAAUUCAAUACAACCAGUUUACAUUAUUAGUGAUGAGAAAAAUUACAAUUCUGAUUUGAAAAAUCGUUUAGCUUCUAUGGUAAGGCAACCAACUCCAAGUGAAGAUACAGAAAGUGUACUUUCUUCACGAUCAUCAUCAAUUCUUGGUUUACGAGAAAGUUCCGAGCCAUACAGUGAAUCUCAAACACAACUGCUUGAUCGAUAUGAAACACAUGAUUUGAUUGAUGAAAGAUUUAUAAUUCCAUCAAACACCAAUAUUCCUACUGCAGACGACGCGUCAGAAAUAAUUGAGGAGAAAUUCAAUUUACAAAGACAAAAUACUCUUACAGAAGCCACUUCGUUAGAAGAAUCAACUUAUACAUUAUUAAAAGAACAAGAAAAAUCAUCAGUUAAUCCUGAUCAAGAAAAUCAAACCACUUCAGUAAAACGUAGUGAAAUUGGAAAUAAAUUUAGUGCUCCAGUGUUUGCUAGUCUACUUCGAGAUGCAUAUUUCAGCGUCCAUACAAGAGAAGUGAGAUUUACUUGUCAACUUGCUAGUGCUCCCUACCUUCCAGAGGGUAUUAGUGAUUAUGAAGAAAUUAUCAGUGAAAUAUAUCCAACCGGCUUGAAUUUUAAUGAAAUCAUUAGUUCUUCGGCUGCCGCCGCAUGGUACUUAGAUGGUUGUUUACUCUCCGAUGGUCCAGGUGUUAGUUUAGGUGUGGAACAAGGAGGAUGGUUAUGGCUUUGUUUAAGUGAUCUGCGUCCGGAACAAGAUCAUAGUGUUAUUGAAUGCGUGGUAAGAAAUCGUGCUGGAAAAUCAAGAACAAAAGCACGACUUUUAUUUAUUGAUAUGCCGAAACCCCCUGGUCGACCAGGUCUUAUCGAUAUUCGUCCUACAGAAGCAUUGAUUAGUUGGCUAUCUUCAACAUCGGAUUCGAAUGAAGAUCUGAUUUAUCGCCUUGAUAUCAAAUAUUCAGAACGUGAUAAUGAACCACCUUCAUGGCAUCGACUUGGAUUCACCGUAGAUUGUCGUUAUCUUAUCAAUAAUCUUAAACCUGGUGUAUAUUAUCGUGUCCGUGUAUCCGCCAGAAAUGCAUUCGGUUGGGGCAAUUACAGCAUUGCCUCUUCUGAUUUCCGUACUCCUAUCGUUUCUAUGGAUCAGUCAUCAACUAUUCUAUCCCCCAAUGAACGAACAUGGAUCUUCAACUGGCGUCAAUCAGCAAAUAUCUACGCAUUAAGCGAUCAUCCAAUAGCUUUACAAUAUGCAAUCGAUCAGUCAAUCAGUGUACCUCCACCAUCAGACAAAAUUUUACAGAAACUUAAUCGAUAUAAUGGGAUAGUCCCAAGUUUAGAUGUAUUGAAAUCCAUAUGUAGACCAAUUUGUCUAAUCAAUAAAGGAACAUAUACAAAACUUAUUCUUGGAAAAACUCAUCCAAUGCUAAAUGAAGGAGUGAAUUUCAAUAAUGUUCGACAUCAAAACAUAUCUCUUCCACCUAGAUUACUAAGUAAAAUCACAUAUCUUAACUUAGAAGAUAAUAAUCUAUUGAAAAAAGCUCGUCGUGAAGCACUAAUGCUUACUAUUCUUCAUGGAUCUUGUGGUGGAAUGUAUACUUCAUUUGAAGAUUUUUAUAGUGAACAACCUAACUCGUAUCUCUUUACUAAUCAACGACAAUUAUUACCAUCUGGUUGGUCAACUGGCUGGUUAGAAGAUGAUGCAGUUAAACCGACACGAAGUAUAACAGUAAUGCAAUGGAUUCCUGGUGGACGUCUUAUUGAUGUUUUGUGCGGUCGAGUAGAAUAUACUGAAUUUUCUGUUAUGAUGUGGAGCCAACAAAUUCUUUCAGCGUUAAAAUGGUUCUACACAUGCUUUUUAGGACAACCACAUGGAAAUAUUUGUCUGGAACACAUACUUGUCGCACGACGGACAUCUUCGCUUCCAGAUAUUGUAUUGACUGGGUUCGGUCAUGAAUCUGUUUCAGGUGAAACCAACAACUACUUUUCAGCCCCCGAGUUAUGCAAGAAUCAGCCGAAAUCAAUGGCUUCAGAUUUGUGGAGUGUUGGAGCUGUCAUGAGACUAUUAUUAACAGGUGAAAAUCCAAGUGAAAUUGAUGUUCAAAGGAAAAAUCCAGCAUCUGAUGACUCAAUAAAAUACCAAUAUGAUAAAACCAAGAUUAAACAAUCUAAUGAAUUGUCAUCUACAAUUAAUUCUGAAAAUACUUUACCUACUUAUUCACAAAGUCAUUUAAAUAUUAAAAAAUUGAAAAGAUUUUCCAAACCUGCAAGAAAAUUUAUAUACAACUGUCUUAAUCCUUCACCAAGGAAACGUGGAACAGUUGAUUUUUGGCUUAAUUCUCAUUGGUUCAAUUUAAAUGCUGACAAUGUGAACAAUUUAACUUCAGUGAUCAUUCCCACAAAUUUACUAAGAUCAUGCAAACUUGUUCUAGAUCAAAAAACAAAAUCAUAUGUUGACGAAACAGAAGAACUACAGUUUUCUUGAUACAAGCAAAACAGAAUUAUUUCUUCCUUUCCCUAUUUCCGUUCUUUAUCCCUUAUAUUACAAAAGUGCAAUUAAUGACAAUCGCAAACCCACAAUUAUUCCAUUGGCUAGUCAACAGUAAGUGAAAUAUGGUUAUAACACUUUAAGAUACAUCCUUUUAUGCAUAAAUAUUACCUGAUCUGUUUCAAAUAUCAUAAUAAACAUAAUUCUUCGUAUUUUGUUUAUUAAAACCCGUUCCUAACCUUUUUCUUUAAAUGUCCCCUUUCCCAUUUAAUCUACAUUAGAAUAAAGAUGAUUCUUCGUUUAAAAUUUCGAAGCAUUUUUUUUUCGAUUUCCUUACCAUUUCGUAACUACUGCGUUUAUAUUUUCACACUAAAAAGCAUGUAAAAGAAUUAGCCAAAGUAUAGAUACACGAGCACACACAUAUAUACUCCUUUAUACAUGAAACAUACUCCUAUCAUAGUCUCAGAAACAUUUUAUUAUUCAAGAAAAAUAGUUGCUUUAAAAAUUAUUCUGAAGGAAUAUAUCGGAAAAGAUAAUUGCAAAUGUAUACUGACUUUUCGCUUUCUCGAACAAUGUUAAUUUCAGUUCGGCUGACCUACGACUAACAGGUCAUGGGCUCGAACUGCACUUCGACUAUUUUGAUUCGGGUAGUCGGGUCGUAUCAUAUCCAAAAGCUAAAUUAUGUUGUGGCAAAAUGUUUUCAAUAAAUUAAUAAGAAAAUUUGUGAAGUUUACUACUUAACUCGUAUUAAACUAGAUAAAAUUAGAG